AUGGCAGCCACGUCGGACACAGAAUUGGAUGCUGUGGUCUAUGGGGACAUAGAAAAUGUCCAGGUAGGGGAUUCUGGUACUGAUGAGAAGACUCAGGCAUUUGACGUCAACAACAACAACAACAGGGCGUGGGACUGGGACAAAGACCCCGAGAACCCAUACAACUGGCCUGGGAGGAAGAAGUGGGCCCAGGUGGCCAUGAUCUCGUCCUUUGCCAUAAUUGCCUCCCUGGGGACGUCCAUCAUGGCCCCCGCGACGACGCAGCUGCAGGAGGAAUUCGGCAUCACGCUCACGCAGAGUAUCGUCCCGCUGUCGCUGUACACCUUUGCGCUUGGCCUGGGCCCGGUGCUGGGCGGACCGCUUUCUGAAACCGUGGGCAGGUAUUCUACGUUUAUCGGCCUGGGGACUCUUGGUGCGCUGUUCACGCUUGGCGUGGGACUCGUUCAUAAUUUUGCAGGACUAUGCAUCUUGCGUUUCCUGGCGGGGUUCUGCUUCGGACCGUCGCUUGCGGUGUCCGCUGGGCUGCUCAACGACGUGUUCAAACCGGUGCAGAGGGGUCCGCCUUCUGCACUGUUCGUAUUGAUGCCCUUCCUAGGACCAGGAAUAGCACCUCUGAUUGGUGCCUUCGUGGUGAACAGGAAAGGCUGGCGAUGGACACAAUGGACGAUGCUCUUCUUCUUCGUCCAGGCGCUCCUCGUCGGGCUUGCCUUCGGGCGGGAAACCUACGCGCCAGUUCUGAAGCGGCGCAAGGCAAAGAAACUAGGCCUCCCCCAGCCGCCGUCCACACCCAUCUGGAUCCAGGUCAAGGUGUUCAUCGUGAUCGCGCUCGUCCGGCCUGUCAUGAUGCUGCUGACGGAGCCCAUCGUUACCUUCAUCUGCCUGUAUGUGGCGUGCGUGUACCACUUUGGCAUUGAGAGUACGGGCUUGGUCUACAUCAGCAUCGUCGUCGGCUGUCUCCUCGGCUUCGUGACCAUUGUGCUGUGCGAUAUCUUCUUCUACAGGCCGCAGAUCCCAAGACACCCGCCCCAUCAGGUGCCUCCCGAGUGGCGCCUCGUGCCGGCCAUGAUAGGCAGUUUGGGGAUCCCGUUAGGAGUAUUCUGGUUCGGCUGGACCGCGAGGCCAGACAUCCACUGGGCGAGCCCGGCCGUGGCCAUCGCGCCGUUUGCGUGGGGCAACAUUUGCCUCUUCGUGACAACGAUGCAGUACAUGGUCGACACGUACCACGGGACGACGGUGGCGUCGGCUGCCAGCGCCAACAGCCUUGCGCGGUACGGGCUGGCGGGGGCGUUUCCGCUCUUCACGGUGCAGAUGUACGAGCGCCUCGGGAUUGGGUGGGCGAGCUCGCUUCUGGGAUUCAUCGCCGUGGCGCUACUUCCUGUGCCGUGGGUGCUGUUCAAGUAUGGCAAGGAGAUUCGGGCUAGGAGUAAAUAUGAGACUGCGUCGUGGUAA